UAGCAACACUAUUUAAUGUCAAGCCGAUGACAAGAAUAUUGUUUGAUCUUUGAUGAGAAUACUAAUCGAACAUUUCACCAUAUUUUUUGCAAGUAUAAUUUGGAAAAAUAACCGAUCGUAAUAAUGAGCUGUCCGUUUAGUGAGGAACAAUUAUUGCAAUUAAAAGCUUUCGUGGAGCUAUGCAGGAUACAACCUCAGAUUUUGCAACACCCUAAAUUAUCUUUUUUCAAAGACUAUUUAAUAUCACUCGGCGUAACCAUACCCAAUGUUUCUCAUGAAAGUAAGGAUGUUCCGGCUUCCGGUGACCGUGCGAACGCUGAACCUAAUCCUGAACCAUGUAAGGCAGGAGUAUCAUCCGAAGAAGACUCAGAUCCUGAGUCGGAUGUUGAACUAGACAUGGAAGGUGUUAUAUCUGAUACAUCAGAAGCUAAUCAAGAGAUGGGUGAUCAAUUGAAGGAAGUGACAGAUGAGGAACGUGAUCAGUCUGAUGAGAAAAGAUCUGAAGCGAUGCAAGCAUUCUCGGAACAGCGGUUGGAUGAAGCUAUUGUUUUGUACACAGAAGCUAUAAAACUUAACCCACAGAGUGCUUUGCUUUUUGCUAAAAGGGGUCAGGUAUUUCUUAAACAAAACAAGUUGCAUGCUUGCAUCAAGGACUGUACGCAGGCUUUGGAACUGAACUGUGAUAGUGCGGCUGCAUAUAAAUUCAGAGGACGAGCCUACAGUCUCUUGGGUAAGUUUGAAGAGGCUUCGCACGAUCUCUGCGAGUCACUGAAGAUUGACUAUGACGAUCAAGCCAAUGAGUGGCUCACUCUAGUGAAACCAAAUGCUGAGAAGCUCCGCCAACACAAACUCAGUAUUCAACGCAAGAAAGAGGAAAAAGAGCACCGUGAGAAAAUACGAAGAGCCCGCAACGCGCAAGAGGCUCGAGCGAAGGCGGCUCAAGAGCAGGCGCAGUCGCAGGCGCAGGCCGGCUUCCGCGGGGGGGCGCCCCCCGGCAUGGGCGCCUUCGAAAACGUAGACUUCGCCAAACUCAUCUCUGAUCGUGAACUUUUUGAAACACUGAAGGACCCAGAAAUAUCAGCCGCUAUCUAUGACGUCUCAUCAAACCCAGCUAAUUUCAUUAAGUAUCAGAACAAUCCCAAGAUAGUUGCUGCCUUAGAAAUGUUAAGGAAUAAAUUUGGAACGGGCGGUGGACCUGCACCGGGUGGCUUUGGAGGUUUCGGAGGUGCACCAACUGCUGGAGCUAAAAAUUCUGAUGAUGAUGUUGGCUUAGACUAAAGACAACAUACAUUUGGAAUUCCAAAUAACUAUUGUUUGAACAUUCAUAAUCAAAGUAUGUUAUAUAUUGUGAAACAUGGUCAUGGUCAAAAACAUUUCUUCUAUUGUACUGAAGUUGUGUUUUUAUGAAAUUUCUUGCAAAUGUUUUUCUCUAGAUAUAGAAUAAUUUUAAAUUGCUUGCAAAAUUCCCAUCGAUAAGCUAUUUUAACAAUUCAUUCGCACUUCUGUAAAAAAAUAUUUAGAGUUAAAACAAUUAAAAUAAAUAUAUAAAUUAAAUGGAUUUAUUGGAAACGUCCAAUAUAUAUCUAUUUAAUAUAUUUUUUUAACAAAAGAAAUGUUCCCUGUAAUUUUGCUUUGUCAUCAAAAGUUUUAUUGUGUAGGAAUACAUUUUUUAUUUUAGCAUUUUUAUAGUUACACAAGAUGUAUAGUAAAUUCUAUUUUAAUUUGCUGGCAGUAAAUAAAUACUUCAAUACUUAAA